AUGCCGUACAGCCACCACUCGCAUUCCGGUCAAUUCUGUAAACACGCCGUUGGCACUCUCGAGGAGGUAGUCCAGGAGGCGUUGCGCCAAGGAUUCGAGACCUACUGUCUAACUGAGCACGUACCCCGGUACAGAAGCGAGGAUUUAUAUCCCGAGGAAGAAGGGACAAGUCUACAGGAACUCGCCGAACAAUUUGGCGCUUUCAUCGGAGAGGCUCAGCGCCUGAAGAAGGCGUACGCCUCCAACAUCCGAAUACUAGUCGGACUUGAGACGGAACACAUCACGGUCAAGGACCUCGACGGUCUAUCAGAAGUUUUAUCUCGCUAUGGAGACCAGAUCGAUAUGGUCGUAGGCUCAGUUCACCAUGUGAACGGCCUCCCCAUAGACUUCGACAAGCAGACCUACGAGACCUGCAUCUCUAGUAUCGACUCCGUUACUGGCGACGCUCCAGGACUCGAACAGGCCAACCUCGGAAGAUAUCUUGAGCUAUACUUCGACGCGCAGUUCGAAGUGCUUAAACGGUUUCAUCCCGAAGUUGUCGGACAUGUCGACUUGUGCAGACUGUACACGCCCACACUUGAUUUGCGCCGGUUUGAACGCGCUUGGGAGAAGUUGACGCGGAACGUGAUCUAUGCAGUAGGGUACGGGGCUCUCUUUGAGGCAAAUGCGGCCGCCUUGCGGAAAGGGUGGACGGCGUCAUAUCCCGGACACGGUGUCCUCGAGCUUAUUCAGGAGCACGGAGGGCGCCUGGCGUUGUCGGAUGACAGCCACGGCCCGCAAGCGGUGGGCCUAAACUAUGCCAGGAUGCGGGAGUACCUUCUUGGGGCAGGUGUACGCGAGGUUUGGACGCUCCAGCACAAUACGACGCCGAACGCGGGCGGGCGAUACACGCAGGCCGUGCGUGUUAAGGGAAACUGGUGGGAGCAUCGAUAUUGGCAUGAAUCCGGGAGCGCUGUGAUUCCUUAG